AUGGACGAGUUCGCACAAACAGGAGCACAACAAGAUGAUCUCUUUGAUGAUAUUCAGUACGAUCACUCAAUGCAGACUCGUGGGGAUGAUUUAUUCAGCGACGAGAUCCAACCCAUAAACCAGGAGGCUUCUCAUACUACCGNNAGCCAGAGAAGCAAGAGGAACCAAACAAGCAACCAGNAGACACAUGAACCAGCUGCGACUGUUGAGUCGGUACCAGAAACAUCGACGGCUCCUACAGAAUCAACUCCAGCACCUACAACUUCGGCACCAGCUCGCGGCGGACGUGACAGUACUAGAGGAAGAGGCAGGGGCAGGGGCAGGGGUCGCAACCACCAAGAUCGCAGCAAUCAGGAUCGCAGUAAUCAGGACCCUUCCAACUCGACUCGCAACGCCAACGAGCCUCGUCGCAACAACAAUGACUCUCGUCGCAACAACCAGGAGCGUAACAAGAAGGAGCCGCAGCCAAAAGAUGCACCAACCGUACAGCAAGAACAACAACAGCAACAACCAUCAUUAAAUACUACUGCCGAGCCCUCAAAGCCAGCUACCAAUGCCGUACGAGGUGACCGUACCGCUACAGGAGGUCUUCGUAAGCCCAAACUUAGUGAACAAGAGCUAGCCGAGAAGAUGUCAAGAAUAUCACUCAAGAACGAAAAACUCGCUGCUGCUCACGCACGAGCUGAGNCAGAUGCCGCCGACUUUGCUGAACGCGAGGAAGUUGCAGCAAAGCGUCGACAAGAAGAACGAAGAGAGAGGCAGCAAAUGAUGGGCGAAAGAGAAAAGAACAGGUUGCGCAAACUCAAGGCCGUGGGUGGCAGAGAAUGGGAUGCCGAGAAGCCUGACGAUGCAGACGCCUUCGGAGGUCCCAGACAAGCUGGUGGUAGAGGACGUGGCGCAUACGGAGGCGUCGCUGGUCAACGGAAUCAAGAUGGCUCUCGUGAGGGCUUCGGCGGCGAUAGAGAAGAUUACACAGAUGGACGCGAGUAUAUGUACCGCGAGGAUCGUGGUAGAGGUAGAGGUCGUGGAAGAGGAAGUCGUGGCGGUGGCGCUGGUAGAGGUGGACGUGGUCCUCAGCAAGAGAAGCCAGCCUCUCAAUCUGUCCCCAAGCCAACAGACUUCCCAGAUCUAUCAGGCUCGGCUUCAGCUCCCAAGUUCGAUAAUGCCCCGCCACCGACCAUGGCAUUCCCGACGAAGGCAAAGGUUGAAAAGCUCGACAUCGAUGAUCAAAUCACUCCCGGAACGGAGAAAAAGUCUUGGGCUGAUAUGAUGGAGUAA